UUCUACUGUAAUCACCUUAUUUACUUAACGAAACAAAAACCCGCGAAAAUGUUGAAAGUGAUUUUACUGUCAUGUCUGUUGACUGUGUUUUUCUCCUCACAUAGUUGCUGGCUCAUAAACGAUGUAAAUAUUAAAAUGUUAGUUAAAAGCGUCAGGAACAACAGUACUAUUGAAGAACUUGAAAAGCUAUCUGUCAUAGUUCAGAAAAGAUUCGAUUUGGUUUAUCCUGGAACCAAAUGGUGCGGUCCCGGUGAUAUAUCAGAUAGUUAUAACGACUUAGGGACUGAAAGAGAAGCAGAUAUGUGUUGUAGAGACCAUGACAAAUGUCCUGACUUCAUAUCUGGAGGAGAAACCAAGUAUGAUCUGACUAAUGACGGGUUUUAUACCAGGUCAAGUUGCAAAUGCGAUAGCCAAUUCCUGAAAUGUUUGCGAACAGCCAAUACGAUGACGGCAACGGAAGUCGGAAUCAUAUACUCCAACCUACCGCAAGCUAAAUGCUUCAAGGAAGACUAUCCAGUCACUGGGUGUAAGAAACGAGGAGGAUUUUUAAACACAAAAUGUUUGGAAUACUCUUAUGAUAAUACCGGUGAAAAGACUUACCAAUGGUUUGAUGUGCCAGACUUUUGAAGAAGAUAAACGUUUGCCAAUCGAUAUCAGUAUAUCAAUAUUGCAAUUAUAAGUGUAAACUAACAUACUAAUUUAUUAUUCAAUAUUAGGAGAUUACCCUAAGGGAUUAACUCCAUGUAUUUAUUUUAUGCUGUCCUGUAUCGUAUUUGUGUAACUCUUAGUGUUACUUACUUUUUUUCAUUCCUCUGUCAUUUUAAUCUUGUUUGCCAAACUGUGUGAUGUGAUGUAAUUAAUUAAUUUGUGAA